AUGUAUCCAUUUACUUUCAAAAAUAUCAAUCUUAUAUUUGUGCUCAACUUUUUCGGUCUACAAAUUAUAUUGCUUAAUUGACAAAUCUAGAGAUACACUUUCAAAUUUUCAAUUGGUUUUAGUUUACUAUAGUGUAAAUGUAAAUUGUUUCAACUAUAUUGGAUAAACUUUAUAGGAAAAUCAGAAUAAUGCAUGUAUUAUUUUAAACAAAUGUGAAAGAUUAAAAAAGCUUGUUGGAUUAGUUUAAAAAAAGCUCACACACACAUAUUUACAAUUUUGAUAUCAUGUCAUUUCAAAUGAAAAAUAGUUAUGCAUUCCGAAUUGAAACUAGUAAAGGUGACAUUAAUUCAAAAUGUUUUUACCAGAUUGCCCAGAAAGAAAAAAUAUUAUUGCAGUUAUCAGAAAAAAAGGAAAAUUUUCAACACAAUGAGGACUUCAUAUACAAUACGGGAAGUAUUAUUACGACGAGAAGAACACGUAAAGAAAAUGUAAACCAUGAGGAAUAUGUCCCCUGUGCAAAAUGUUUGGGGUAUUACUCUAAAGUCUCAAUAAGAAAACAUUUUAGGAAAUGUUCAGAUGGCGAUCAAAUUAAAAAUUCAUCAAAUCAACGAAAUGUUCUUGUUCUGGGAAGAAAAAUUCGAAACGAUAUUAGCCCUAAAGGUAACUCUAUAGUAAGGAAUAAUAUAUUUCCUAUAUUAAGAUAGGAUAACACUACCAGUCCUUUACGAUAUGAUGACUUAGUCAUCACGUAUGCAAAUAAAUUGACAGUGAAAUUUCCGAAACCACACCAUCACCCGAUGAUAAGAAGUAAAAUCCGACUCAUAGGCAGAAUUCUACAUGAAGUAAAAAUGAUUGAUUUCAAUGUUCAAGAUAUUUCCAGUCUUUUCACUCCGAAACAGUAUGACAAUAUAAUCAAGGCCAUUCAGGUGAUUUCCAAAUUGAAUGAUACCUCUCAACAUUAUGGAGCUCCAUCUACUGCUAGUACUGCUGGAACAUUGUUGAAGAAAUGUGCGAAUGUUUUUGUAACUGAGCUGAUCAAAGAAGAAAACUUUGUUAAGAAGGAAACGGUUGACAAUUUUGUGAAACUUCUGGAAGUAGACUUUGGAAUAACUGUUAACAAAACCGUUACUGAAAGUAAAUUAAAAAACAAGCGUUUGAAGAAAGUUGUGCUACCUUUGAUGAGUGAUAUUAAACAAUUGAACUUAUUUUUGAUGAGAGGUAGAGCAAAGUAUUUUCAGUUAUUAAAUGAAAAAUUUGAUAUAUUUCAUUUCAAUGAACUCCAGAAAUAUACUCUGACGUCACUGCAGGUUUUCAAUAGAAGGCGGGCAGGAGCCCUUCUCAGAUCAAACUGUGGAUCAAUAAUCAAUUUGUGAAGUGGAAAAAAGUGUCUUGCGGAUCAUCCCACAAAAUCAAAAGAACCCACUGGAAUGUGUCUGAAAUAUCUGUGGCCCAGACAUUUUUAAAAGAAUACAUUGAUAAUGAUACUUUACCAUCUCUUGCCACCUGUAGAGAAAUCAUUGCUCAGAAUGAAAAACUCAAGGAAAGAAAUUCUACACAGCUAAAGUUAUGAAUAAAUCAAUAAAAAACAUGAGAUAUUCAUACCUGUUUUCUUUGAUUGCAUCUUUCCAGAAAUGCUGAGGGUGACGCCAUACUUUCCAAAGAAAUUAACUUUCAGAUUUUCUCAAGACAAUACCCUGUAACUUGUUUUUUUUUUUAACAAAACAUGUUUUGUGUCCAUCAAGUGAACAGUAUUCUGAAGUGAUAACCCAGUGAUACUAUUGAUUUACUAGAUAAGUGCAAUACAAUUUCGAGGAUCCAUUUUUUAAUUAUUGAUAGGCAAGGUUGAAUGAGUUGGAAUGAAAAAUCGUCAUGCACAUUAACCAUUACUCCAUUUGGUAGAAAAAUAUUCUGCUAUUAAUGUUCUUGUUACUUGAGUGAAACAUUAACUUUUUACUCUUUUGUAAGCUAAAAAAUGGUAUAAAUCAUAUGUUUUGAUGGAUUCAUGUUAUACUGCCGA